GAUUGGUCGAGAGGUCGCCGGCGAGGCGGAUGGGGGCGGGGCUAGGGUUCGCUUCCGGUUGGGCGGUGCUUGCGCGCGUGAACAGAGCCGGUGGGUGAACGGCGACCACGGCGGGCUGGGCAGUGGGGGCUACGAGAAAAGACCUGAUUAUCAUGGACCUGCGACAGUUUCUUAUGUGCCUGUCCCUGUGCACAGCCUUUGCCUUGAGCAAGCCCACAGAAAAGAAGGACCGUGUACAUCAUGAGCCUCAGCUCAGCGACAAGGUUCACAAUGAUGCUCAGAGUUUUGAUUAUGACCAUGAUGCCUUCUUGGGUGCUGAAGAAGCAAAGACCUUUGAUCAGCUGACACCAGAAGAGAGCAAGGAAAGGCUUGGAAAGAUUGUAAGUAAAAUAGAUGGCGACAAGGACGGGUUUGUCACUGUGGAUGAGCUCAAAGACUGGAUUAAAUUUGCACAAAAGCGCUGGAUUUACGAGGAUGUAGAGCGACAGUGGAAGGGGCAUGACCUCAAUGAGGACGGCCUCGUUUCCUGGGAGGAGUAUAAAAAUGCCACCUACGGCUACGUUUUAGAUGACCCAGACCCUGAUGACGGAUUUAACUAUAAACAGAUGAUGGUUAGAGAUGAGCGGAGGUUUAAAAUGGCAGACAAGGAUGGAGACCUCAUUGCCACAAAGGAGGAGUUCACAGCUUUCCUGCACCCUGAGGAGUAUGACUACAUGAAAGAUAUAGUAGUACAGGAAACAAUGGAGGAUAUAGAUAAGAAUUCUGAUGGUUUCAUUGAUCUAGAAGAGUAUAUUGGUGACAUGUACAGCCAUGAUGGAAAUGCCGAUGAGCCAGAGUGGGUAAAGACAGAGCGAGAGCAGUUUGUUGAGUUUCGAGAUAAGAACCGUGAUGGGAAGAUGGACAAGGAAGAGACCAAAGAUUGGAUCCUCCCCUCAGACUAUGAUCAUGCAGAGGCAGAAGCCAGGCACUUGGUCUAUGAAUCAGACCAAAACAAGGAUGGCAAGCUUACCAAGGAGGAGAUUGUUGACAAGUAUGAUUUAUUUGUUGGCAGCCAGGCCACAGAUUUCGGGGAGGCCCUAGUACGACAUGAUGAGUUCUGAGCUACAGACAGAGGAACUUGCAUUUCCUCAAAAGUAAUUUAUUUUUACAGCUUCUGGUUUCACAUGAAAUUGUUUGCGCUACUGAGACUGUUAUUACAAACUUUUUAAAACGUGAAAAGGCGUAAUGAAAACCAUCCCGUCCCCAUUCCUCCUCCUCUCCGAGGCACUGGAGGGAAACCGAGCUUCUGAGGAACAACUCUAAAUUAGUACACUUGUGUUUAUUGAUUUACACUUUGUAUUAUGUAUAACAUGGUGUGUUUAUUUUUGUAUUUGUUCUCUGGUUGGGAGUAUGAUAUGAAGGAUCAAGGUCCUCGACUCACACUUGUAGGCAAACAUUAGCCUUUUACUCUUUCUCAACCCUUAUAUAAUUUUUAUAAUUCUUACUUAACUAAUUUUUUAAGCCUGAGAUCAAUAACAAUUGUUCAGGAGAGAGAAAAGGAAAAAAAAUAUACUCCACAAUUCCACAAUUUAUAUUUAGAAAGAUAACACUUAAUCUUGCCUAUCAAAAAGUCUGAUAUUUCACAAGUAGGAGGGGCCACAUAUUACAUUCAGUUGCUCACGGGUCCAGCAAACUGAUCCUGCUGUUAUCUGGGCAACUGAUCCCUGUGCUGUAAGAAAGCUUGGCCCAAAUUGAUUUCAUUCCCCGCACCCCCCCGAACUAGCUGUUUGCUAAUUUUAUCAAGCACAGCUGUGGUGGGAAGAGUUAGGGCCAGUGUUUUGAAAAUCAAUCAAGUAGUGAAUGUGAUCUCUUUACAGAGCUAUAGAUAGAAACAGCUGGAAAACUAAAGGAAAAAUACAAGUGUUUUCAGGGCAUAUAUUUUUUUCUGGGUAUGCAUCUGUUGAAAUGCUCACGACAUAAUUAUUUGCCUGUUGAAAUCACUGUAAGUGCCCCAUCCGGCUCCUCUUCCCCAGGUGUGCCAAGGACUUAAUCUUGGUUUCACUACAAUUAAAAUUCACUCCUUUCCCAUCACAUCAUUGAAAGUGCCUUUAAUGAGAGAAAUGGUCACUGAAUGGGAAUUCUCUUAAGAAGCCCUAAGGUAAAAUAGAAGAUUAUUUGAACACCUUUUAUUAAAGCUUAGAACCUCCCAAUAUAGUGGCGAAUUUUUUUUCUUCCCUUUCUCUUUUGGACAGUAGUUAAAUAGCAGUGUUAGUUACAAGCUUGGUUGCAGUAUUCUUAUCUUGUGGGCUGGUUUCCAAAAACCACAUGCUGCUGAAUUUACCAGGGAUCCUCAUACCUCAGAAUGCAAACCACUUACUACCAGGCCUCUUUUUGUGUCCGCUGGAGAGCUUGAGCUCACACUCAGAGAUGAGAGGACCUGCAGAGGGGCUCUUUGGUUUGAGGACCAUUGUUCUCCCUUCCUGCCUUUGACCCCAUCCCCUCAUGCCCCAUCUCCCUGCUGCCAAAAAAAAAAAGGUGGUUUAUCAUGGAGCUACAGGUUGCCAAGUCCUUAUCAAAAAGAGGGAUGUUGUAGAAAGAGCUGAAGAAACCACCUUCUGUUCCCACCUCCACUUUACCCAUGUUUUAUGCAACACAAACACUGUUCUUUUUGGUUCUUUCUUACAGAUGGAUCUCUUUUGAGAGGAAUUAUGGUAUUCCAAGUUUAUAGCCCUCAGGUUACCAAGAUAAACAUAUGUAUAUAUAAUCUUUAUUAUUUCCUGUAUCUUUCUGGGUAAUACAUUCAGGUGGUGCUGGGUGAUUAUUAUAAUCUGAACUUAGGUAUAUCCUUUGGUCUUCCACAAUCAUGUUGAGGUGGGCUCCUUGGUAUAGUAAAAAGCCAGGUAUCAUGUAACUUCUCCCCAGCCUUUGUAUUGAGCUCUUGAUAGUAGAUAUACUCUUUUGAAGUUUAACCCCAAUAUAAAGUGAUGGAAAUUCUUUGCCCUCCGGAUUCCCUGUUUUUAUUGUUAAGAAAACCAGAGAUAAUUAGUAAUGCCACCAACCCUGGCUUAGUUAGGGCGCAUCAUGAACUGAUUGGUGAGAGCUUCAAAGCUCACUCAGUGCAGAGAGCCCAGGCUUUGUGUUAAAAUCACGCACUUAGCAAAACUUAAUCUGCCAAAAUGGCAACUUCCAGAUGCUGGGGACUCAGCAGCAAGCAUUGUAAUUUAAUCUCUAGUGAUCCCCUUGGGUUAUUUUUUUGUUUGUUUAAAUCAAGCCUGAGGCUGUUGAACAGUAGCUACACACCCAUAUUGUGUGUUCUGUGAAUGCUAGCUCUCUUGAAUUUGGAUAUUGGUUAUUUUUUAUAGAGUGUAAACCAAGUUUUAUAUUCUGCAAUGCAAACAGGUACCUAUCUGUUUCUAAAUAAAACUGUUUACAUUC